UAGAGGCGGUUCUGUCAGAUUACAACGAGGGCGGCCAGGCGAGGCAGACGCAGCGUUUAAAGUCGUCCGGGGCACGUAGGAAGUUGUUUUCACGUUCGGAGGUUGUUGUAAACGCGCGGAAAUAGUGAAGAGGCAAACACAUGACACGGUGUAACCGCUUGUUAAUGUGUUGGAGAAACUACAGACAGCAAAAAGUUGUGUUUGCUCCAGAUCAAACGCAGUCGUGGGGCGUUGAAGGGAUUUCUAUUGUCUAACUUUUACCUUUUCGUUACCGUCGUCCUUCGUGGAAUGUGAUUAUUUCAAAGCUCCGUGUACAGAAAACCCGGAAUAAGGCUACUUUUCCCACUUUGUGUGGUCGGAAUUCGCCAUGCUCCCGAGCACGACGCUUUACGCGGCGAAGAAACGGAAGAAGCCGGUCCAGAAAAUCCCUAAACUUCCACCUCCCGAUGGCGCAAAGUCGAAUCCAUCUAAACGCCACCGCGACCGACUCAAUGGUGAACUGGACAAGCUGACCAACCUGCUGCCCUUCACUGAGGAGGUCAGGGCUCGUCUUGACAAACUGUCUGUCCUCCGGCUCAGUGUUGGUUACCUGAAGGUCAAAAGUUUUUUCAAUGCUGCUAUGAAGAAUGGCUCCACCUGGACCACAGAGCAGAGGCACGCGUAUGGGAAAAACGUGCAGAACUUGCCUACUCCACUGAGCUUGGCCUCUUCCUCACAGGUGACCAGCAUUGAUGGAUACAGCUUCUCUGAGGGAGAACUGCUGCUUCAGGCACUGAAUGGUUUUGUGCUGGUGGUGACGGCUGAAGGUUAUGUCUUCUACACAUCUCCCACCAUCCAGGACUUCCUUGGUUUCCAUCAGUCGGAUGUUGUUCAUCAGAGUGUGUUUGAGUUGAUCCACACAGACGACCGAGCACUCUUCAGACGUCACCUACAUUUCGCCCUCGAUCCAAAUUCCACUCAACUUGACAACACUGCACAGAGUUCAAGUGACCAGGACUCUGCAGAAAUUAGCUACGUCAUGAACUAUGACCCACAAUCCGUCCCUCCAGAAAACUCAUCCUUCCUGGAGAGAAACUUCUGCUGUCGCUUUCGUUGCCUGCUCGACAACUCCUCUGGUUUCCUGGCCCUGAACUUCCGAGGACGCCUCAAAUUUCUCCGUGGUCAGAACCGUGUGUCAGAGGAUGGGACACUAGUACCCCCCCAACUCGCUCUGUUCUCUAUUGCCACUCCAAUGCAGCUGCCGUCCAUUUUGGAGAUCCGCAACAAGACACUGCUCUUCCAGACCAAACACAAGCUGGACUUUACACCAACAGGUGUCGAUACCAGAGGGAAAGUGGUUCUUGGUUACAGUGAAGCAGAACUCUGUAUGAGGGGUUCCGGCUACCACUUCAUCCAUGCUGCAGACAUGAUGUACUGCGCUGACAAUCACAUAAAAAUGAUUAAAACUGGAGAGAGUGGUUUCACUGUCUUCAGGCUGCUGACCAAAAGUAGAACCUGGGUCUGGGUCCAGGCAAAUGCAAGGCUGGUCUUUAAAGGAGGAAGACCAGACUUCAUUGUGGCCAGACAAAGGGCUUUGACAAAUGAAGAAGGAGAAGAACAGCUGCGCCUGAGGCGCCUGCAGCUGCCAUUUAACUUUGCCACUGGAGAAGCAUUGCUGUAUGAAACGGCUCCAACUGUCAAUAUCCCUGACACGUGCUCUGCCCCAAAGCAAAGGAAGCUCGACAACUACUCUGUCAGCCCAAACUCCAUGCUGGGCUGCAUGCUGCGUCAGGACCAGUCUGUCUACUGUGAACACAAUAGUGCAAACAACUUUAGCACCCUUAAUGAUGUUGCCUUCCAGGACACCCAUGCCACAGUCAGUGUUCCUGGAGAUGCCUGGCAGCUCCCUUCACCCAAGCCAGUUGUGGGAAACUUGUUGACAGCGGAGGAAACAAUUAACGAUAUGGUGGAAACCCUGCACCAUAUUAUUGGGGACAAUGACUUCACUGAAACUCUAAAUGUGGAGCCAGAUGAGCUUAAGUGCUGGGAGAGUAUGCUGCUGAAGAUGAGCACCACCAGCUGUGACCCGGGUGAAGAACUGAAUGACAUACUUAGUGAAGACAUUCUGUCGUUUGUUGAAGAACAGCUGCAGGGGGUUGGGGAGCUCAAGCUUCCAGAUCAGCUUGAUGAUGUACCAGCCUGCCUCUCCACAUCGUUGGAUCUUCACAACCAGAAUACCAACCAAAAAGAGGAGCAGAAAUGUGGUUGGAUACCAAACAAAGGGCAGAUGAUGACUGGACAAAUGACUCCUGGACUAAAAAAACUGACCCCCAUGGAUCUUUCUAGCACUUCUGGUUCACCCCUUCAACAGCUUUCUGAGCAAGCUGUUGGUCUUAGUGAGAUGGUUCCUCCAGCCACCUUUAACCCAGCCCUGUUGGACACCCACACUCAAGCACAUAAUCAUAUGAGCCUACAAGUCAGUGACAACAACCUUGGAGUAUUCAGGCAAACCAGUCAGCUUUUUUCCCAUCAAACAGCUCAAACAUCACAGAACCCCCUUCAGAUAAGAAUGUCCAAUUUGCACGUCGGUCUUCAGGACCACACUGGAGAAAGACAUUUGAACCCAAUGGUCAGCAUUCAGGGCAACCAGUUGAAUGCCUGUAUCCAAGGUGACAAAUUUGUGGAAACAUACAACCAAAAUAUUUCUGCGCAACCAGGUUUUAGUGCAGCUCUUCCUACUUGCUUACAGGGCCAGUUUGCACUUCAAACUCAAAACAGUAAAGACCAGAGACUAUCUUGGCCACUGCAACAGCAACAUCAGCAGCAGCUGAUCCCAGGUGGACCACAACAAAUGGGUGCCUGCCUCAACCAAAUGUCAGGACUUCAGAGGAACCCUGUCCCUGGACUGGUAGUGCCUCAAAAUCCUAUAAAAAAUAGGUCAAUGUUCAAUACGCCAGAGGUGUCUGAAGCACCAUUUACGGUUCAACAGAUCUUGGAGCAUCCAUCUAUGGCAUCGUCUGGCAGUUGUAUGUUCAGCAAUGCCACCUCUUCAGUACCUAUAAAUAGUCAGCGUAAUAAUCAGCCUCCCUCUUGGCAGAGAAUGACAAUCACCAAUCCGAUCCAGUCAAGUUCAUCUUGUUUAUAUCAGGAUCGUCCUGUAGAUAGGUCAAUGAAGGGAGGGGUGGCAAUCACAAAUCCAGAUGAAGCAGCUCUGUCCUGCCAAAUCACCACUGGUCUCGAUGUGAAUAGCCUCGUGAACUUUCAUGAUCAGACUCAGAUCAGCAACCAUCCAGUUGUUGGGAACGGAGAUGGGCCCUUCUCUUUGCUGCCCGGUGGGAACCCAUUCUACUCAAAGAAGAAAUAGCACUCAAUAUUAUACAAACUCGGUUUCAAACAGCAGUUUAAUGGACUGAAGGACAAACAUGGUCCUAAUGGGGCCAAAACAAAGGACGUUAGGACAAAGCCUUAAGAGAUUAAACAUGUCCGAUCUUGAAGUUUAUAUUUAAUACUAAUAUUUCUUUGAGAAAAAUAAUUUCAAAGAUUUUAGAUUUUGUGGGGAUUCCUUCUUUGGAUCUAGCUGGAUUAUAUCAUUAACAGUUAUGGCUGACAAAAGUUAUCAUCAACAAUAUUCAGUGAAUUAUCACUUUACAACUUAUGUCCAACUGUUUGUCCAAUAGACAAGAACAUUUUAGCAAGUGCAUGUAUUGCAUUGCUUUAGAACCUUAUCGAUUCUGGCAUUUGUUUGAUGGGAAGGUUUAGUCCUGGCUGCUUCCCAUAGGAAUGUUUCUGAAAGUGAAUGUAUUCUAUGCUGCUCUCUGUUUGAUGCCUUUUUUAAAUUAACCAAAUGUCCAACGCAGUGGAUGAGCGAGUCCCCGAUGUUCUUAGUAGACUGACUCACCUGAACGUGAGAAGAAAGGAACAACCUUGUAUUAACCCUCUGCUGUCUCUGACGCACAAGUGAUGCCUUUCUCUAACAAUCUUUGUUUCUCCUUUUGAGUAUUUAGAAGGAUAAAUUAUAAAAACUUUUUUUUGUUUCUGUUACACCUUAGUUAAUUUCAACUCUUUACUAUUCCAGUUUGGGAGAUUUAAUUUGCACAAAGAAUAUAUAAAAAAACAUUCAAAGGAAGCAAAUUAAUCCAAAAACAUAUUAAUUGACAAUGUCUAUGAUUUAAACAGAGACAAUUCAGCAUCAGCUGCUUAUUAUUUACGUAUAUAUAGCCAGUUUUGGUUCUUUAUUCUAUAAUAUUUAAGUGUUUUUUUUUUUUUAUUCCUGUUUGGGGGGAGGUUAAUUUUUCCAUUUGUACUGUGAAGUGCAGAAAAAUAUUUCACAUACAACCAAAAUCAUUAAGUUAAAUCUGCCUUCAUCAAGUAAAUUUAUUUGCACUAUUACUUCAAAGUAUUGCCAGAGCAUACUGAAGACAACAUCAUUUUUCCUGCAUGUUACAGGAAUCAGAAUUUUUUAUAUUGUUAGACAAUUUUUCCUGCAUGUUACAGGAAUCUGAAUUUUUAAUAAUGUUAGAUUGGUAACAAAAUGAGCACAAAUUACAAUCAUUUAAGUACAUGGUUUGAAAAAAAUGCAUCAAGCUUUUAUAGGUAUUUUGUAGUAAAUUCUUGACUGUGGCUUUUUUAUGAACCCAGAUUUGCAGUUGAAUCUACAGUAGAAAGACUGUAAUGAUUGAUGUAAAAGCUUUUUUUUUUUUUUUUACAAGCUUUGCCUGUAAAUCAAAUCCUAGCGUGUUUAUCAGUCUCUCCAAAAGACACUAAUUUUGAAAGGACUGUUUCUCUCAUAUUUUCCACAGUGAUAUUUGAUUUGUUAUCUUUUUUCUCUAAUUGUUAACUUGACAGUACUUUUGCUUAGACUGCGAGCAAAUCUCAAGAGAAGUAAGUACUCUUAAAAGGCAGCUACUGUAGAAAAUUAACUCUCCAUAAAUCACAUCAAAGGGGUGCCUUCUCUUUUUCUUUUUGUUGAUUUUAGAUUGAAAAGAUAAAGCACGAGAGACAUGCAGAGCCUGUGUGACAUAGGGGGUAACUUCAGUACAGAACAGUAAAAUCAGCUUUUUUUGAGCUGUGUAUUAGUUUUUAGCAUUUAUCAACAUUUUUAAAACAGUGCUUUUCAAAAGCAGUGACAAGAAAUGCUUGACUUAAUGUGAAUACAUUAAAAUUGUCAGUAAUGCCAUCUGUGAUUCUACACAGGAUACCUAAGGGACAUGACACAUUGGUUUUUCCAAAAGUGUAUCUCAAUUUUUUUCUUGUUAUUGAGCCUUGAAGAUUUAUGGGCAUAAUUUUCCACCAUAAAUCAAGACAUACAUAAAAUGUUUUUUUUCACAUACUAUUGGAGGAAAUAAGCCAUAGUUGCAGUUAUAGUUUGGGAUAAUGACGAAACAGAAUAAAGGUACAGUACAUCAUGACAUGGGAUUACCCCUAGAACACUAAUGCCCUCUGAUUUUCACCCAUGCAUUUGUUGUCAAGGAUUUUCUGAUAUCUGACUUGUGUGGGGCUGCGUCCUGACACCAUCAAACAACUUUUCACUUUUACCAUUUACUUAACAACAUAAAGUAAUUUCACCCAACAUUAGUGGCUAGGGGUGAAAUGUGUUUCAAAAAAUCACGCAAUUGUUUUGCUUUUUAAGGGCAACAGUGCCAUUAAGUAUACAUUUGCCAUAUUUCUUGACCAUAUCAGCUAUUAUCCAGCCACAGACCUGGUGACUCUGGCUGCCAAUUUUCAUUUAGCAGGUCAAAAGAAUCUUCAGAGUCAAAUUAUCAAGGUUAUUUCUACCUUCUAAACAAAUGCUAUUUUCUAUUUUAUUUGUUGCACGUUCAUCAGAUUGGUCUUUUUAUCUCAUCCUCAAUGAUAUCAUCUUUCACUUUGAGACAUUGCAUGGGUGAGAAGACUAUUUCAGUUUGCAGUAUAUUCUUGUACCUUAAUAUAUGUGCAUGACAAGUAUUUUUAUUGGGUAUAAUAUACACAAUAUUAAUAAUGUUAUUUAAUUUGCAUUAGUCAUCUAGGGUUAAAAAGUAUCUGCUUGAUAGUCAAUAAUGCAUGAAAAGCAAACAAACAUACACUCUUGAACUGUGUGUCUACGAUUUAUUUCAAAAAAUUAUUUAGGCUGUAAAGUAAGUCUUAUCUCCCAUCAUAAUAUUGAAGCAAUGAUUGUGAGCAAUUACACUCUGCUUAGAAAUGUAUGAGUUUAGCAAUAACUACAACUUUAAUCAGAAAGCUAUUUACUGUACCUCAUUGAAAUUGUUGAUGCCAUAUGAGAUAGAAAAUGGCAUUAGUUGCAAUCUUUUACUUAUUCUCCAAGGAUUGUUAAGCCUAGUCUGGAUAAAGUCGUAAACCGCUUACAUUGACAUUUGGAACUUGACCAAAAUUUUCAAAUUAGACCAAAAGUCAGUGAUGGAUAUUAUUUAAGACUCAGUCCAAAGUGAAGCAGAGUGUGUGACUUUUUUCUGCUUCCCCAGUUUUAAAUCUGGAGUGCUUUCAGACGGACCCUUUCUCCUCAAAGUAUUCUACAUUUAGGAAUAAAUAUAUCUGGUUGCUUGCUCUUAUAUGAAUAUGAAGCCUUUGCAUUUAUGCUUUUUGCUUUUUUCAAGCCCCAGGAGGCAAAGGCUCCAUAAUGCAGUAUCUUUGUGUUCCUGUAUAUAAAUGUUUUAUUAUUUUCCUUGUUUCUUGUUUGUUAAAACAUGUUAUAUAUUGUAUUGUCUAUUUUAAUAUUGCUUAAAACUAUUUUGCAUUUUGUACAUUCACUGUACAGCAUAAAUACAUAUGUAAUCUCACUCUA